CCACUGGGUUCUCAGUCGGUCCAUGCUCGUUGGUGGGUGAUAAGUGUGGUUGCACCAACAACCAAGUUGGUUGAAAGUUUUCCUCUCGCGUUGAAUCGUUCUAAUUUGACCAUUUUCUAUCUGUCGUGUAUUUGAGUGUGAUUUAGCGGGGCGUAUAUUUUGUUCCGGUCGGAAAUUAGCUUAGCUGCAGAAUUUAGUAAGGUGUUCAGGAACGAUCAAGUGAGACUUUUGUCACUUUUUUUUGUUGCGGGUAACCAUGAGUGUCUCUUGACGACGCCGCUUUGAGGUUGUAGUUUAAAUCUGCAUCGUUUAGUGGGUGCUGUGGACUUUUCCGAAAAACCACAAUUGUCGCAGAACUCUGAAGCCGUGCUGAAACAGCACGCCAAUCCAUUCAUUCGCCCUGGGUUGUAGUGUCCAGCGAGGUGUGAAAGUUAUGAGUAAAGUGUCGGGUCUCCCGUUGUAUCUGAUCCAUUCGUACAAGAAGCGCCGCAUCAAGUUUUGCAAUAGUAGAAGCAGCAGUAAUAAUAGAGGAAGCAACUGCUGUCAGCGAUUCGAUUACAAUAUUCUGGAGCGUCGCAUCGAGUGCAUAAAGAGCCAAAUUUGAGUGUUGGGCGCGCGCACUGUUCUUAGCAUAAGCUCGAAAUUACGCACAGCCGCUUCAGAGGUACCGAAGAGUUUGCAAGCAGAGACACUUUUCAAAAGAAGAAAACAAACACGAUAAUUAGCAAAGAGAUUAGAUUAUAGAUUGUUGAUUCGAAUACAUAUAGAUAAAACAGUCAGCCUCCUCGAGAGCCGUACGAUCUGGAGGAACCCUCAGCCGAGCGGCCAGGACAGGUACGAUUCGCCAAAGGUCUGGAGAAACGGUCAACCGCCGACAGCCUAUACGAAGCUCAUUGAGGAGAACAACAUGGUUGCCGGACCGGUCGGUAACUUCCACUCCGGACUGCGGAAUGAUCCGCUGGUGCGGGAGAUGCGUCGGGUACGCGAGGAGAACGCCCGACGCUACAAGGAGGACUACUCGCACGUGUUCCGGAGCAAAUCGCGCUGGGACUUCGUGCGACUAUCGUUCGUCAUAAUGGGAAUUGAGUUCGUCUACUCCGCGGAAACGGCAUUCGUUUCACCGAUCCUGCUCGGAAUUGGUGUCGAGCAUCAGCUGAUGACCUUGGUGUGGGCCAUCUCACCACUAGUCGGAUUCUUCCUCGCACCCAUCCUUGGAACCAUAAGUGACCGCUGCCAAUCGAGACUAGGUCGGAGGAGACCAGUUCUGUUGGGUCUGUCGUUUAGUAUGAUUAUUGGCUGCAUCUUAGUUCCGUACGGUGAAAACGUUGGCCAGCUGCUUGGUGAUUUGGGAGAAGUCCUCCCGGAAACACCAACCAAUCUGUCCCAUGUGCUGGAGUCCAAUUUAACGGAUUUGUUGUCGUACAAAUUCUAUCGAAUUGAAGAAGAAAUAGGCGAACACGAAAUGAACUACAAAUGGGCGAUUUUCUUCACCAUCCUUGGAACGUUGCUGUUGGAUUUCAGUGCUGAUACAAGCCAAAUGCCUGCUCGUGCCUAUUUGCUAGAUGUUUGUCUACCAGAACAACACGGUCGUGCUUGCAGCACCUUCUCCAUCAUGGCCGGUAUCGGAGGCAGCUUAGGAUAUGCCCUCGGCGGUUUCAACUGGGAUGGUACCUCCUUCGGGGAGUAUCUCGGCGGAAGUAUCAAAACAGUGUUCACCAUGGUCGGGGUUAUUUUCCUGAUCUGUUUACUGCUCACUGCCACCAGUUUCCGGGAGAUACCGCUACCGGUGAUGGAAAAGGACGAACUGUUGAAACCGCUAACGGAGUUCGCCAUCAAACAAGAGCGAGCCAAGAUGAAUGAUAAAAUUUUCUACGUCAAAGACGUCAGUAAAACGUUUGCCUUGCAACUUCAGACGAUCGACAACAAAGAGCAACCAGCUCCUCAAAUGAUUACCAAUGCUUUGACGGAGAUUGAAAAGGGUGCCGUGGAACCAGAUAUCGAUGAUGACUCCGACUCGGACGAUGAGGAGAGUUCGAUGAGUUUAAAGGAUUUCCUGAAGAGUGUCUUCUUCAUGCCGAAAUCAAUUGCGAUUCUCUGUCUGACGAAUUUGUUAUGCUGGAUGGGCCAUUUGAGUUUUUGUUUGUACUUUACCGAUUUCGUUGGCGAAGAAGUAUUCAAGGGAAACCCUGCUGCUGCUUCAGUAUCUGAAGAUUAUCAGCUGUACUUGGAGGGAGUACGCUACGGAUGCUACGGUUUGGCGAUUUACUCGUUGGCCUGUUCGUGCUACUCGUUCACGAUCGAGAAGCUGAUCAAAAUCCUUCGAGCCCGAAUCGUAUAUUGCGGUGGCUUACUACUGGAUUCGGUGGGUAUGAUAUUGAUGGCAGUAUUCCCAAACAAGGUGACUGUCUUCGUCUUCAGUGCUACCGGCGGAAUUGUUUAUGCGCUACUAUUCACAAUGCCUUUCCUGCUACUUGGGCAGUACCACGCUAAGGGACAGUUCAAAUCUAACAAAUCGGGUAAAGCACAAGAACCGGAGAAGAAGCGCGGCCUGGCGACCGAUAUCGCUGUGGUUGGAGGAAUGAUUUUCGUGGCGCAGAUUAUCGUUUCACUUGGACUCGGUUCGUUUAUCUCGUGGCUCGGGUCGACAACGGCCGUUAUCUACGCUGCCGGAAUGUGCAGUUUCCUGGCAGCUAUCUCGUCAACGCAGGUGGUUUACAUGGACUUGUAAAGAUCGUGGAAAUUCAAAUCUCACCAGCAGUAGCGGACUUCAGAUUCCACUUAUGAUUUGUUAUCAUUUCUACUCAUGUUAUGCUAUAUUAUCGCUACAUACUGUAAUAGUCUAUAAUACAUUUUAGAUUCAUUGAAAUGUAAUGUGAUACUUAAAACAGAUAUGUUAAUUAGGUUAAGUUCAAGGUCACCUCGUUAGGUUUAUAAAUGGAAUGCUUUUGAUAUCUUU